UAUUCAAUUUUUUUCCAAUUUUUUCCUGCCUUUCCACUGAUUUCCUUUUUAUCGUUGUUGCUAGUUACUUAUUGAUAUUAUUGCUACUAUGAUGGUGGUGACUGUGACUAUGAUGAUGUGUUGCUGAUGGUGGUGAUUAAAAAAAAAAUGACUGCUGAUUUUUAACCGGAUGAAAAUGGAGUUUUUCUGAGUGGUCCUAACUGACUCUGGGCUUUUAACCCCUUGGGGGGGAAAAACACAACAAGGUUUUUAAAACACAUUUUUUUUAAAAAAGUGGAUUGAUCGCGUUUAACUCUUUUUUUCCCUCCCUCCCUGAUUGCCUGGCUGCUAAGAACGGAACCCAAUUUCUCUCCAGAACUUGUUUGAACAUCUCAGGAAGUUCCUGCACUUUUUUAUUUUUAUUUUUUUUAAUUUUUAAUAUUUCAUUUCUGUGCAAUUUUUCAACUGUUGCUGCAAUGUGUCUGUGGUGCUGAUCGCUCGCUAGCAGUGACAGCCUUCCCUUGGUCAGAUCCCGCCCCCCCUCCUGUCUCGUACCCUUCAGUUCCCAUCUUGAUCUUUUCCUCCACACCGUCCCUCCCUUACAAACGCCGUCAUGGACGCCCAGUCUGGAUUGGCAGAGGCAGUUACCUGCGGAGCCUUGCAUGGAGCAGACACAAACCCAUCUUGGCUGAUGCACCAAGCCUGUGUUUCUGCUGCAUACUUGAGUCAUGGCCAGCAACGUCACCAACAAGACAGACCCACGCUCCCUGAACUCCCGCGUGUUCAUCGGCAAUCUCAACACGCUAGUGGUCAAGAAGUCGGACGUGGAGGCCAUCUUCUCCAAGUACGGCAAGAUCGUGGGCUGCUCUGUGCACAAGGGCUUUGCCUUCGUGCAGUACGUGAACGAGCGCAACGCUCGUGCUGCCGUGGCAGGAGAAGAUGGCAGGAUGAUCGCAGGCCAGGUCCUAGAUAUUAACCUGGCUGCCGAGCCGAAGUUGAACCGGGGCAAAGCUGGGGUGAAGAGAUCGGCCACAGAGAUGUACGGGUCAGUAGCCGCACCACCUUCUCCGUCCCCUCUAGUCAGGUCGUCUUUUGACCUGGACUAUGACUUCCAGCGUGACUACUACGACAGGAUGUACAGCUACCAAGCGCGGGUGCCGCCUCCGCCUCCCAUUGCCCGGGCUGUGGUGCCAUCCAAACGCCAGCGGGUUUCGGGCAACACCUCCCGCAGGGGCAAGAGCGGAUUCAACUCGAAGAGUGGGCAGCGGGGGUCGUCUUCCAAGUCUGGAAAGUUGAAAGGAGAUGAUCUGCAGACCAUUAAGAAGGAGCUGACCCAGAUUAAGCAGAAAGUGGAUUCCCUGCUGGAAAGCCUGGAGAAGAUAGAGAAAGAUCAAAAACUGAAGAAUGACAAGUCUGAGGAGGAGCAAAGCAGCAGCUCAGCCAAGAAAGAAGAGAGCAAUGUCAAGAUGGAGUCUGAGACUGGGGCGGAUGACUCCGCUGAGGAAGGGGACCUGCUGGACAAUGACGACAAUGAAGACCGGGGAGACGACCAGGUACGAAGCUGGAGGCGGCAGAGAGCCAGGAGUGAGGAGCGCGGCUCUCCCUGUUUGCUAACUCGGCCCCUCUGCCUGUCCCCUUCUCUCUCUCAGCUGGAGUCCAUCGAGGGGGAUGACAAGGAGCCCGAAGAAGGCGAAGACGACAGAGACAGCGCCAAUGGCGAAGACGACUCCUAAGCGCCCAGCACACCUCUCCUCUCUCCUCCUCAACAAACACCGACGUUCUUCUGAUAUUGAGCCUCUCACCAGCCCCUUGUCGGCUGCCUCCUCACUGCCCUCUUCCCUCCCUCCUUCCCAGAGCCCCGUGUGUUCAUGGCGUGUCUUCUGUUGCAUUUGUCCUUUCUUUCUCCUCCCCCCGGCCAGACCCCCGAAAUCUCUCCUAGUAGUUCAGUUAAAUCCCCUGUAAUUCUCCUCUUUUAAUUUUGAUACCUCUUUAUUGACUUAACAAUUAAAAAGGACGUAUUGUUUUUA